UUCCACUACAAUAAAACCGGGGCCUUGUCUGGCUGUUUGCUGAUACCGGCGGACGGUGUACUCGUUAUAAUAGGCGGCCGGGGAGACAGAACGUCCGGACAAUCACACUCUGCCAAGUUUAUUUUCCAGACAGCCUCAAAGAUAUGCCUCUUCCUGACACAAUGUUCUGUGCACAACAAAUACAUAUACCUCCUGAACUGCCUGACAUCUUAAAACAGUUCACAAAGGCUGCUAUCAGAACCCAGCCUCAUGAUGUGCUUCAGUGGUCAACUGCGUAUUUUAACUGUUUAGCCAAAGGAGAACAGUUACCAGUCAAGAGCCGGGUUGAACUACCAGUGGCCACACAAAAAACAGACACAGGCCUAACUCCUGGGCUUCUUACAAUUCUUCAUAAACAGUUAUCCUCCAAGAUUUUUGUAAUUGAAGAUGAAUUAAAAGAAAAGUGGAAUGAUCUCAGCUUACCUCAAGAGCAAUUGCAAUGUAUUUUGGCGCUGGAUAACUUCGAGGGAGAUGUAGAGUGGAUGAAAUUUCUAGGUCUUGCCUGUAGCACUCUUGGAGGGAGUAUAACUUCUGCUUUGAAGCAUGCCUGUGAAAUUCUUACAGAAGAUCCAGAAGGUGGUGCUGCUCGCAUUCCUUUUAAGACGUUCACUUUCCUGUACAAGUAUUUGGCUAAAAUCGAUGGGGACAUUUCAGACACAGUAGUAGAGAAUGCACUUUGUGCUUUGCAGACAGAAGCGAAUAAUCAAAAUGAAAUGAUCCAACCAAGAAAUUUCCUGAGCGCUCAGUGCCCCCCACUUUCCUGAAAUUAACAUUCUUUUCCAGAGUGGGAAAACCUGCAGAAAAAAAUCUGUAUCUAAUUCUAAAUAAACCUGAAGCAAAUUGUAAUAGUAUUGGUGUGUGUGUGUGUGUGU